AUGAGCUCGAUCAACUCUCGCCUGAAAAACUUCGGGUUCGGAAAGCGCAAAUCCACCGCCAGCAUCCAGACCGUCGACGGCGUCCCCCCCAGCCAUACUGGUACCCCUCCUCCCGGCCAAAUACCUCAGAGCAACCUCGCCGGCCUCGCUCCCCUCACCUCGUCCACGUCAACCACAUCGCUUCCAAUGAAUCACCCCGGGGCUGGCAAUCGCCCGCCCAGCUAUACUGCCAACUACCCUCAAAAUCCUGCUGCUCAGCCUCUUGGCCGCACCAGUCCCCUCACCAACCAAGGUCCCAACCGCACCCCGCCCUCGCAGAUGGUUGGCGGCCCUCCCCCCAUCAACACCGGCGCGCCUGUCGGAUAUCCUCCCAAUAUGGCUCAAGGCAUGGGUGGCGGCCCUCCAAUGGGCCAUGGUGGUCCUCCCCAGGGAUAUCCCCCGCCCGCUGGCUAUCCUCCUGGCCCGCCUCCUCAGCCUUCGGGUCCCAUGGCCCAACAGCAAUUUGGCCAAAACCGCGCCGAAGUCGAGGGCUCCAGCCAAAGCAAAGCGCAGCUCAUUGUCGGUAUCGAUUUCGGUACAACAUUUUCCGGUGUCGCAUUCGCCUUUGCCACCAACAACGAAGCCAAGGAGGAUAUCAUUACCGAAUGGCCCGGUGCCGGCUCUUACACAAAGCAAAAGAUUCCCACCGUUCUCUACUACGACCAGUACCAAAAGGUUGUUGGUUGGGGUCCCGAUAUAGCAGAUGCCCUUGCCCCGACCGGCUACCCCAAACCCGGCGUGCAAAAGGUCGAGUGGUUUAAGCUGCAACUAAUGCUGAGCGGCAACACCUACAUCGACCCCAUAAACCUGCCUCCUCUGCCCCCGGGCAAAUCCGAGAUCGAUGUCGCCGCCGAUUACCUCUUCAAGCUGCGCCAGGCCAUGCGCGCUGCUCUGCAAAAGGCCCUUGGUGAAGUCUUCAACCGCGAAGAACGCAACAUCCGUUACUAUUUGACUGUCCCUGCCAUUUGGAACGAUGCCGGCAAGGCCGCUACUCGUGCUGCCGCCAUUCAGGCUGGGUUUCUGCGUGAUGAAAAUGACAACCGCCUUACUCUGGUAUCUGAACCCGAAGCCGCUGCUCUUUUCUGCUCCAAGACGGGUCUUCUCAACCUCAGGGUGCACGAUGCUGUCCUCAUUGUUGAUUGCGGUGGCGGUACUGUCGAUUUGAUCGCCUACGAAGUCGAGGAGGAGAACCCUUUCACUGUUGCCGAGUGCACAGCCGGCUCUGGCGACUCUUGCGGCUCCACGGCCUUGAACCGCAAUUUUAGUAACAUUUUGCGCACCAAGAUUCGCAAGAUGAAGCUUCCCGAGGGCUCCAAGACCGCCGGACGAGUCUACGCCAAGUGCAUCAUGGACUUUGAGAACAGAAUCAAAGCCGACUUCAGAAACAACGGUCAGAAGUGGGCCGUUGAUGUCGGUAUUGAGGCGGAAUUCCCCGAGGCCGGUAUUGAGGAAGGUUACAUGACCUUUACCAACGAGGAGAUUCUGCAGUGCUUCGAGCCAGUCGUCAACCGUAUUCUCGAACUUGUCCGUAACCAGAUUAUCGCCAUCCAGGCCCAAAACAGAACACUCCAGAACAUCUUGGUUGUUGGUGGCUUCGGUGCCUCUGAAUAUCUCUUCCAGCAGAUCAAGCUCCAUGUUCCUCCCCAGUUUCAGUCCAAGGUUGUCCGUCCCAUGGACUCGGUCGCCGCCAUUGUUAAGGGUGCCGUUACUGCUGGUAUCAGCGAGCGCAUCAUCACUCACCGUAUCGCCCGUCGCCACUACCUCAUGGGUACACUUCAACCCUUCAAGGAGGGAUAUCACCCUGAGGCGUAUCGUGUGCCCUCCCUCGACGGCAAGGACCGCUGCAAGUUCACCCGACAGAUUUUUGUUCAAAGAGGUCAAAAGGUCAAGAAUGGCGAGACGGUCAAGGUCUCCUUCUUCAGACAAGUUGCUCCUGGCGCCACCCUCAUGUACGAGGAUGUUCUAUACGCUUGCGACGAUGAUGUCUGCCCCGAAUAUACCAAGGAUCCUCGCAUCAAGGAAGUUGUCACCCUCACAUCUGACUUGUCACGCAAGAACCUCGAAAAAGACUUUGAGCGCAUGGACACGCCACAAGGAACCUUUUACCGUGUCUACUUUGAUAUCUACCUGACGCUCGAUGGCUCUGAGUUUAGCACCGAGCUGGUGUGCCAGGGCGAGGUUAUGGGCCGCUGCCGUGCUCGCUUCAGAUAG